AUGGUGGGGGGCAGGGAGUGGAAUGGGCUGCAGUGUGAUACUGCUGCCUUCGCCCCUUCCUUUGUACUUGCCCCUUUCCUGGCUUUCCAGACCCAGUGCCUGCUGGCCUAUCUGGGGCCCUUCUCUCCUGCCACCCCAGAAACCUGGCCCUCGGGCUCUGUCCCGAAGCAGAACCUCGAGGAGCCAAGCCCACGAGGCCCGUCGCGGGACCCACCCCCCGCUUCCUUCUCACAGGACCUCGUCCUCCAUGCACCCGGUCCCCGGGGCUCUUCGUCGUCGUCGUCGUCCCGGCUCGUACCGCCCCCCGUCGGGGGCUCCACCCCCCGCCUGCACCCGCCCCCAGGACGGCCCCCUCCCCACCGCACGCCGCCGGCGCCCUCUGCCCCGGCACGGGACUCCCUUUGGCCUCCGUUCCCCACCCAGAAGCGGCGGCGGCGGCGACGGCCUGGCGCGAAGCGGGUGGAGAGCUUGCACGCCGGAUCUCCCCCCUGGCUUGCCGGGGCUAGAUCAACCCGACCCCCGUUUCCAUGGAGACCCCCGCCCAGCCGGGAUGAAGACUCUCGGAUCGUGGCGAACAAGUCUCACCUGGCUAAGGGAGAAGGGGGCGUGACUCCCCCCUUCAUCCCGCCCCCCCUCAUCGCCACCCCCCAUCUCCCUCCCCGGAACCCCUCCCUUGAAGCCGGGGCUCGCGUCUCCCUCCCAGCCAAGAAAGGGAGUCCCUCGGGGGCGACUACCCAGCCCCCUCCCUUAUACUGGGCCCUUACCCACCAGUAUCCCCUUCUUAGCGUUGCCCCCCUCACCGAAGCUGCCGGAGCCCGGGAAGCCCGGGCACAAACUCCGCGGAAGCUGGCCUUCGCCGCCGCCGCGCUGCCGCGGGCCUCCCUCCCUCCGCUGGCGGCCCCGCCGAUCUACCUUCGCCCCCGGCCGAGGCCAGACCCCGCUCGCAACUCCACGCCCCUACUCCACCCCCGGCUCCCCCUCCCCUCGCCCUCUCCCCGCUGGUCCGGCCCAGCCCCUAGCGCCGCCCCGCCCUACUGCUCGGUCCCGAGCCCAGCAAGUGCCCCGAACUCGCCCCCCGCCCCCACGCCCAGGCCAGUCCGGCCGGGCCUGGUUUCCCCCUCCCGCCGCGCCCCGCCCCCGAAUCCACGUCCUACUUCGCCACCCAACUCGGCCCGAUCCGGGUUCGGCCCGCGCCCAGGCCACCGGAGUCCCCGGUUCGGUCCGGUGUACGGCCACCCACCCCGCCCUUGCCUGGGUGCCGGCCUGGCCCGCUGCCUGCGCCCGCCGAGCCGACUCAGGCGCGCGGUCCUGGUCCCGGUCCCGGUGCCGGCCUCGGUCCCGGCGGCGUUGCCGCGUCUCGCCACGAGGGCUGGGUCCACGCAAGAUCUGAACCCGCGCGGGGUGGGGGCCGAGGAAAGCAAGUUUCUUUAUCUUCUCUCCGCCCCCGCCGCAGGGCCGCGCCGUCCCCCCCCCUUCCCCGCUCCCACGGAGCCCCCUUCACCUGGGCAGAGCCCCUUGGCCGCUGUCGCAACUUUGCUCUUCUCCACGCUGCCGGGGAAGCGGGCGAAGCGGGAGGAGGAGGGAGCCCUGGGGAAGCCGGAACCUCGCCGGGCAGCCGCAGACCCCGCACUGGCCACGGGGGAAGAACGGAGCCACCUUCCCCGGCCAGCCCCUGGCUCCAGGAAGGAGGGGGGGCGAGCAACGCCGCUUGGGGGUCUUGCCUGCGGGGGGGCGCCCCCACCGGACUCCCCGCCCCUCCCCCGGCCCCCCACUUCCCUAACCCGGGCGACCUCGGUGCGUGGCUCCGGCACGGGCACCGAGGCCGCCCGCGGGUGCAGCCCCAGCCCCGGCGCCGAAGUGGGACAGGUGCUGGGGAAGGGAAAAUGCCGGGGCUCGCUGCCUCGCCUCGCGUCUCCGGGGCGGCCCACCCUUCGUGGCAACGGCCGGGGCUGCAGCCCCCCUGGGCAGAACUCAAAGGGCAGCCCCCGGCCUGGGCGUGGAGGCAUCUGGACCGAGGAGAGCCGAGGGGAGCUGGGCGAGCCAAGCACGUUAAUGGCAGCUGCAAACCUGUAG